CGGACCAGGACAGGCAGACAGACAUACAGCCGCCAUGGCCAAGCCUGCAAGCUACAUCCUCAUCAAGGACGCGACCGUCAUUGCCGAGGCGGGCACGAGCCCGUUGGCGCACCACGACAUCCUCGUCCGGGACGACCUGAUCGUGGCCAUCGGACGCGACCUGGCGGCGCCGGCGGACGGCCCCGUGACGACGGUGCGGGUGCCCGGGUGCAUUGCGGUGCCGGGCUUUGUCGACGGCCACCACCACAUGUGGCAGCAGCUGCUCCGGGGCGCGGCGACCGACUGGACGCUCUUCGACUACACGGUGCACAUGCGCAGCAUCUUCGGCAGCCUCUUCACGCCCGACGACGUCUACCUCGCCACCCACGCCGCCGCCCUCAGCCUGCUCAGCAACGGCGUCACCUCGGUCCUCGAGCACUGCCACAUCAUCAACUCGCCCGCCCACGCCGACGCCGCCGUCCGCGCCCUCAAGGACGCCGGCAUCCGCGCCACUUUUGCCUACGGCUUCUACCAGAACCCCCCCGUCACCGCCGGGCCCGCAGACGGCUCUGGCUCCGGCUCCGGCUCCGGCAGCCUCGCGGCCGCCCCAAGCUCGUACGACCCGGCCUUUACGCACGAGGCCCGGCUCGCCGACGCCGCACGCGUCCGGGCCGCCUACUUUGGCUCCAACGACCCGGCGCGCGAGCUCGUGACGUUUGGCGUGUCGCCCGACGAACCCGAGUCGCAGCCCACGGAAAAGACGGUGCGCGAGAUUGCCGAGGCCCGCGAGCUGGGCGCCCGCCUCAUCACGAUGCACGUCGCCAUGGGCCCCUGCGACGGCGCCCGGCGGCACAUUGUCCAGCAGCUCGCCGACGCGGGCGUCCUGGGGCCCGACCUCGUCUUCAGCCACGGCGCCUCCUUCACCGACGGCGAGCUGGCCGCCAUCCGGGCAUCCGGCGCGGGCAUCGUCGGCACGCCCGACACGGAGCUGCAGAUGGGCAUGGGCUUCCCCGUCGUCUUCCGCGCCCGCGACGCCGGCUGCAACGCCUGCCUGGGCAUCGACAUCACGUCCAACCAGGGCAAUGAUUUCGUCGCGCAGAUGCGCCUGGCCAUCCAGGUCCAGCGCGCCUUGCAGAACGAGCAAGGCGGGGGGCUCCCGACCGUCGUGGCCCGCAAGACGGCAGAGGUCCUGCACAUGGGCACCCUCGGCGGCGCCCGCGUGCUGCAGCUCGACCACCUCGUCGGCACCCUCGAGGUCGGCAAAAAAGCUGACCUCGCCCUCGUCGCCUGCGACGACCUCGAGACCCUCCCGGUCACGGACCCCGUCGGCGCCGUCGUCUUUCACACCUCCCCGGCCCACAUUAACACCGUCAUCGUUGACGGCGUCGUCCGCAAGUCGGGAGGCAAGCUCGUCGCAGACACCUCCAAGCUCAGGGACGACAUCAGCCGCCGCGGCGCUGAGCUCAAUGCCCUCGCGGCAACGUGCGACCUGACUGAGGCCCGCGUGAGGUGGCUCAAACUGCUCCGGGGGGAGCCUCUCUAGGUCACGUGGUCAUUAGUAUAGUUUAUUCAAGUUGCAUGCAUGUAUAUUUAUUCAUUCCCUUAUGC